AUGGCAAGCCACAAUGGAAGCAUAAACUCAUGCCUUCUCAUAUCUUUAUUGGUUGCUUCUUGGAGAAUCUGCGAUGGUGGUAAAAUUCUGGUAUUUCCCUUAGAAGGGAGUCACUGGGUGAACAUGGACAUUCUGAUCAAGGCUCUUCACUCUCAGGGACACACCGUCACAGUGGUACGAACAACUAAAAGUUGGUAUAUUAAAGAAGAGUCUCUUCAAUACAGUUCUAUUACAAUACCUGUCACUGAUGGUGUGGAAUUUGAGGAAUUUGUAAAGCCAAUCAUAAAGAAAGUAAUUGAUAUAGAGAGAGGAACGAGCUCUGUAUUAAACUUUAUACAUUUGCAAAUUGAGAUGUUCUCUGCAAUGUCUAAGGUUCAUGGACUGGAAUGUGACUUCGCAACUGCUGUAUUGAAAGACAAGGAUUUAAUGAAGACCCUAAAGGAGAGCCAGUAUGACCUGGUGCUUACUGACCCAGCAUGGGGGACUGGUAUUUUGGUGGCUCACUAUCUUCAGCUACCUCUAGUCUACAAUGUACGGUGGGUAACCAGUGGAGAGGGACAUUUAGCCAUUGCGCCAUCCCCCAUGUCUUAUAUACCGAUGACUGGAUCAGGGCUCUCACACUAUAUGACUUUCACAGAGAGAGUAAAGAAUAUGCUUUUCUAUUUGCUUUGGGAAGUUCAGGACAUAUUUAUAAUCCGGCCACAUUACCCGGCUGUUUGUGAUUAGUUUUUCCAACCAGGUGUGGACUUCUAUGAGUUAUUACAAGGGGCUGAUCUUUGGCUCAUGAGAGUUGACUUUGUGUUUGAAUUCCCUCGUCCCACCAUGCCUAAUGUUAUCCAUAUGGGAGGGUUCCAAUGUAAACCUGCCAAGCCUCUUCCCCAAGAACUGGAGGGGUUUGCUCAGAGUUCUGGGGAGCAUGGAGUCAUUAUCAUGUCUUUGGGGACUUUUGUCACUGAGUUUCCACAUGAUAUAGCUGAUGUGAUUGCUGCUGCUUUUGCCCAACUGCCUCAGAAGGUCAUCUGGAGACACAAAGGAGACAGACCAGCUACUCUGGGCAACAACACAUUACUAGUUGACUGGAUGCCUCAGAAUGAUCUGUUAGGACACCCGAAGACAAGGCUGUUUGUAGCUCACGGAGGAACAAAUGGGGUUCAAGAGGCUAUUUACCAUGGAAUUCCUGUUGUGGGUCUACCUCUGUUUUCUGAUCAAUAUGACAACCUCCUUCAUCUGAAAGAGAGAGGAGGAGCAAAGCUUUUAUCUUUGGCAACAGUAGACAAGAACAAUAACUUCCUAGAGGCCUUACAGGAAGUUCUGGAUGAGCCGCCCUACAGGAUGAACAUGCAGAGACUCUCCAGGCUACACAGGGACGUGCCAAUGGAACCCCUGGACACUGCUCUCUUCUGGAUUGAGUUUGUCAUGACAUUUACAUUACAUUUUCGUCAUUUAGCAGACGCUCUUAUCCAGAGCGACUUACAGUUAGUGAGUGCAUAGAUUUUUUUUUUUUUUUUUUUUUUUUUUUUUUUUUUCAUGAGACACAAAGGUGCUGCUCACCUGCGUACAGAGUCCUACAGAAUGCCCUGGUACUCCUACCACUCUGUAGAUGUUGUCCUGAUAUUGUUGGCUGUUGUGUCAGUGCUUCUUCUUCUUCUUGUUGCAAUAGUCCGAUAUUUAUGCGUUAGAAAAUGCUUGAAAAUAAAGAUUAAAAGUGAAUGAGCAUAUCCAAUUCUCCACAUUCUGGUGCACACAAAUAAUAGGAUAUGUAUAAAAUAAAGCUGCAAUAUGUAACUUGUUGGGUGACCCGACAAAAUUCACAUAGAUAUGUGAGUUAUAGAUCUGUCAUUCUUAUUGAAAGCAAGUCUAAGAAGCAGUAGAUCUGUUCUUUGUGCUCUAUUUCUAUGCUUCCCAUGUUUUAAGUUUUGUUUUUGCGUCUUUUACUUUCAGUUUUGUACACCAGCUUCAAACAGCUGAAAAUACAAUAUUUUUGGUUACGGAAAAUAUAUUUCACAGUGGUUUAGAUGGUACAAUGAUUUUCUACACUAAACUUGCUUGUUUUGUCACAUAAACUGAGGCAAACUAUUACAAUUUUAGCAACCAGAAAAUGGCAGAGCGAUUUCUGCAUAGUGCAUCUUUAAAUCAUGAAAAUGUAUAAUGUUGAAUUGAAGCCAAUAUAAUAAAAUGCUAAUGUAUAAAUUAGUGUGUAAUAUAUUUGUUGUCAAGUUUUUCCAGAUGGUUGUGCAUUUUGUGAUCCAAUCCUACACUGAGUGGCGCAGUGGUCUAAGGCACUGCAUCGCAGUGCUAACUGUGCCACUAGAGAUCCUGGUUCGAAUCCAGGCUCUGUUGCAGCCGGCCGCAACCGGGAGACUCAUGGGCGGCGCACAAUUGGCCCAGCGUUGUCCAGGGUAGGGGAGGGAAUGGCCGGCAGGGAUGUAGCUCAGUUGAUAGAGCAUGGUGUUUGCAACGCCAGGGUUGUGGGUUCGAUUCCCAUGGGGGGCCAGUAUAAAGAAAACUAUGUAUUCACUAAAUUUAAGUCGGCUCUGGAUAAGAGCGUCUGCUAACCGACUUUGAAAUGUAAUUUAACCUGUACGUAAGUUUGGUUACCAAGACCAGCAUGUUCUGAACAUGUUUCUUUACUAAAGGUCAAAACCUCAUAAAAACCUCGCCCCACUUUAUCAUAUUUCCCACCUUGUUUGAGAAUUGUUUGAUUGCAAGAGGUUCUGGGGUUUGCAUGUACCACUUGAUGAUAGCUGAGCUUGAGGCGACAGAACAGAAAGUUACAGUGGGGAAAAAAAAAGUAAACUAACUAUUUAGGUCAGUCCACCAAUUGUGCAAGUUCUCCACACUAAAAAAGAUAAAGAGGCCUGUAAUGUCGAUCAUAGGGACAACGUUAACUAUGACAGGACCAACUUGGAGAAAAGAAAUCCCGAAAAUCACAUUGUAGAUUUUUUAUGAUUUGAUUUGGCAUAUUAUGGUUGAAAUCAGUAUGAAAAUGAUGAAAAUUACAGGCUCCUCAUCUUUUUAAGUGGGAGAACUUGCACAAUUGGUGGCUGACUAGAUACUUUUUUCCCCCACUGUACAUACUUUGCCAGCAUAAUGUGAUUUGCAGGCCUGAUGUGGCUUGUGAGCCAAGAAAUUCAGACCACUGUGUUAGGGAGAAACUAGGGCAUCAAAGAAAGGCCAUAUGAUAUAUGUAAUGUAUUGUCAUAAAGGGUUUAAUCUUAAUUAAACAAUAACACUUAGGCACUCACUUCGUGAAGGCUACAGGACUGGAAGUGAAUGAACGAAUACAACAACCUCUGUCACUAACUAACACAGUCAUGGGUGUUAACUCCAUCAUUCCCUCAAAAGGCACACUGGUAAAUAUACAAAUAAGAUUUUACACCCUACAGUGUUAAAUAUAAUAAACUGCUGGAGUAAAAAUGUUGUCUGAUGGAGUUGAUUGUUAACUGCUACAGAUUGUUAUCUGCUACAGAGUUUAUUUUCUUACACAUUCAAAACUGUUACUUUAACAUCAGUUAAGUUGGACUCAUAUACAUUCUGAUAUAGUACAAUGUACAAUCUCAGAGUUUUGCUGUGUACAGCUGAAAUGGACAACCUCAUAGCCUUAAAAUAAUAACAAUAUAUGCCAUUUAGCAGACACUUUUAUCCAAAGUCACUUACAGUCAUGCGUGCAUAAAUUUUUAGUUUAUGGGUGACCCCAGCCUUCACAAAAACAUAUUGUAUAUGUCAAACAUUUACAAGUUGGUGAAAGUCCACAAACACAAGAACAUUGUGUUCACUCAGAUGAACUCAUUGAACUCUCACUCUCAUCAAGGGAUUUUCUGUUGAUGAUUACACGUUAACAAGGUAACUAAAGUACACUGAGUGUACAAAUAUUAGGAACACCUUCCUAAUAUUAAGUUGCAAUUUUGUCCUCAGAACAGUCUCAAUUUAUCAGGGCAUGGACUCUAUAAGGUGUCGAAAGCGUUCCGCAGGGAUGCUGGCCCAUGUUGACUCCAGUAGUUCCCACAGUUGUGUCAAGUUGGCUGGAUGUCCUUUGGAUGGUGGACCAUUCUUGAUACAAACUGUUGAGCGUGAAAAACCAAGCUGCAAGAUGUAACUUUUUGGGCGACCUGACAAAAUUAACAUAGAUAUGUGAGUUAUAGAUCACACUCAAACCGGUGCACCUUGCACCUACUAACAUACCCCGUUCAAAAGCACUUCAAUCUUUUGUCUUGCCCAUUCACCCUAUGAAUGGCACACACACACAAUCCAUGUCUCAAUUCUCUCAAGGUUUAAAAAUCCUUCUUUGACCUGUCUCCUCCCCUUCAUCUACACUGAUUUAAGUGGAUUUAACAAAUUACAUCAAUAAGGAAUCAUAGCUUUCACCUCGAUUCACCUGGUCAGUCUAUGUCAAGGAAAGAGCACGUGUUUCUAAUGGUUUGUACACUCAGUGUAUAGUCUUUAAGAUAUCCUAUCCCUGGAGGAGAGCCAGUUAGACCAGGUGCUUACUGACCCAGCAUGGGGAGCAGGUAUUUUGGUGGCUCGCUAUCUCCAGCUACCUCUAGUCUACAAUGUAUGGUGGGUAAACAGUGGAGAUGGACAAUUAGCCAUUGCACCAUUCCCCAUGUCUUACAGUGCCUUGCAAAAGUAUUCAUCCCCAUUGGCGUUUUUCCUAUUUUGUUGCAUUACAACCUGUAAUUUAAAUGGAUUUUAAUUUGGAUUUCAUGUGAUGGACCUACACAAAAUAGUCCAAAUUGGUGAAGUGAAAUGAAAAAAAUUACUUGUUUCAAAAAAUUUGAACAAAUAAAUAACGGAAAAGUGGUGCGUGCAUAUGUAUUCACCCCCUUUGCUAUGAAGCCCCUAAAUAAGAUCUGGUGCAGCCAAUUACCUUCAGAAGUCACAUAAUUAGUUACAUAAAGUCCACCUGUGUGCAAUCUAAGUGUCACAUGAUUUGUCACAUGAUCUCAGUAUACAGUUGACGUCGGAAAUUCACAUAAACCUUAGCCAAAUACAUUUAAACUCAGUUUAUCUCAAUUCCUGACAUUUAAUCCUAGUAAAAAUUCCAUGUCUUAGGAAUUGUCAGAAUAAUAGUAGAGAGAAUGAUAUAUUUCAGCUUUUUAUUUCUUUCAUCACAUUCCCAGUGGGUCAGAAGUUUACUCACACUCAAUUAGUAUUUGGUAGAAUUGCCUUUAAAUUGUUAACUUGGGUCAAACGAUACGGGUAGCCUUCCACAAGCUUCCCACAAUAAGUUGGUUGAAUUUUGGCCCAUUCCUCCUGACAGACCUGGUGUAACUGAGUCAGGUUUGUAGGCCUCCUUGCUCGCACAUGCAUUUUCAGUUCUGCCCACACAUUUUCUAUAGGAUUGGCUUUGUGAUGGCCACUCCAAUACUUUGACUUUGUUGUCCUUAAGCCAUUUUGCCACAACUUUGGAAGUAUGCUUGGGGUCAUUGUCCAUUUGGAAGACCCAUUUGCGACCAAGCUUUAACUUCCUGACUGAUGUCUUGAGAUGUUAAUUAAAUAUAUCCACAUAAUUUUCAUUCCUCAUGAUGCCAUCUAUUUUGUGAAGUGCAGCAAAGCACCGGCACAGCAUGAUGUUGCCAACCCCGUGCUUCACGGUUGGGAUGGUGUUCUUCGAAUUGCAAGCCCACCCCUAUCUCAUCCAAACAUAACGAUGGUCAUUAUGGCCAAACAGUUAUAUUUUUGUUUCAUCAGACCAGAGGACAGCUCUCCAAAAAGUACGAUCUUUGUCCCCAUGUGCAGUUGCAAACCGUAGUCUUGCUUCUUUAUGGAGGUUUUGGAGCAGUGGCUUCUUCCUUGCUGAGCGGCCUUUCAGGUUAUGUCGAUAUAGGACUCAUUUUACUGUGGAUAUAGCUACUUUUGUACCUGUUUCCUCCAGCAUCUUCACAAGGUCCUUUGCUGUUGUUCUGGGAUUGAUUUGCACUUUUCGCACCAAAGUACGUUCAUCUCUAGGAGACAGAACGGGUCUCCUUCCUGAGCGGUAUGACGGCUGCAUGGUCCCAUGGUGUUUAUACUUGCGUACCAUUGUUUGUACAGGUGAACAUGGUACCUUCAGUUUAUACUUGCGUACCAUUGUUUGUACAGGUGAACGUGGUACCUUCAGGCAUUUGGAAAUUGCUCCCAAGGAUGAACCAGACUUGUGGAGGUCUACAAAUUUGUUUCUGAGGUCUUGGCUAAUUUAUUUUGUUUUUCCCAUGAUGUCAAGCAAAGAGGCACUGAGUUUGAAGGUAGGCCUUGCAAUACAUCCACAGGUACACCUCCAAUUGACUCAAAUAAUGUCAAUUAGCCUAUCAGAAGCUUCUAAAGCCAUUACAUCAUUUUCUGGAAUUGUCCAAGCUGUUUAAAGGCACAGUCAACUUAGUGUAUGUAAACUUCUGACCCACUAGAAUUGUGAUACAGUGAAUUAUAAGAGAAAUAAUCUGUCUGUAAACAAUUGCUGGAAAAAUUACUUGCAUCAUGCACAAAGUAGAUGUCCUAACCGACUUGCCAAAACUAUAGUUCGUUAACAAGAAAUUUGUGGAGUGGUUGAAAAACGAGUUUUAAUGACUCCAACCUAAGUGUAUGUAAACUUCUGACAUCAACUGUAUAUACACCUGUUCUGAAAGGCCCCAGAGUGUUCAACACCACUAAGCAAGGGGCACCACCAAGCAAGCGGCACCAUGAAGACCAAUUAACUCUCCAAACAGGUCAGGGACAAAGUUGUGGAGAAGUACAGAUCAGGGUUGGGUUAUAAAAAAAUAUCUGAAACUUUGAACGUCCCACGGAGCACCAUUAAAUCCAUUAUUAAAAAAUUGAAAGAAUAUGGCACCACAACAAACCUGCCAAGUGAGGGCCGCCCACCAAAACUCACGGACCAGGCAAGGAGGGCAUUAAUCAGAGAGGCAACAAAGAGACCAAAGAUAACCCUGAAGGAGCUGCAAAGCUCCACGGCGGAGAUUGGAGUAUCUGUCCAUAGGACCACUUUAAGCCGUACACUCCACAGAGCUGGGCUUUACGGAAGAGUGGCCAAAAAAAAGCCAUUGCUUACAGAAAAAAAUAAGCAAACACGUUUGGUGUUCGCCAAAAGCCAUGUGGGAGACUCCCAAAAAAUAUGGAAGAAGGUACUCUGGUUAGAUGAGACUAAAAUUGAGCUUUUUGGCCAUCAAGGAAAACGCUAUGUCUGGCGCAAACCCAACACCUCUCAUCACCCCGAGAACACCAUCGCCACAGUGAAGCAUGGUGGUGGCAGCAUCAUGCUGUGGGGAUAAUUUUCAUCAGCAGGGACUGGGAAACUGGUCAGAAUUGAAGGAAUGAUGGAUGGCGCUAAAUACAGGGAAAUUCUUGAGGGAAACCUGUUUCAGUCUUCCAGAGAUUUGAGAUUGGGACGGAGGUUCACCUUCCAGCAGGACAAUGACCCUAAGCAUACUGCUAUAGCAACACUCGAGUGGUUUAAGGGGAAACAUUUAAAUGUCUUGGAAUGGUUUAGUCAAAGCCCAGACCUCAAUCCAAUUGAGAAUCUGUGGUGUGACUUAAAUAUUGCUGUACACCAGUGGAACCCAUCCAACUUGAAGGAGCUGGAGCAGUUUUGCCUUGAAGAAUGGGCAAAAAUCCCAGUGGCUAGAUGUGCCAAGCUUAUAGAGACAUACCCCAAGAGACUUGCAGCUGUAAUUGUUGCAAACGUAGCUCUACCAAGUAUUGGGUUUGGGGGGGUGAAUAGUUAUGCACACAAAAGUUUUCUGUUUUUUUGUCUUAUUUCUUGUUUGUUUCACAAUGAAACAUAUUUGCAUCUUCAAAGUGGUAGGCAUGUUGUGUAAAUCAAAUUUUAAUUCCAGGUUGUAAGGCAACAAAAUAGGAAAAAUGCCAAGGGGGGUGAAUACUUUCGCAAGCCACUGUAUAUUCCAGUGACUGGAUCAUGGCUCUCACACAAAAUGACCUUCACAGAUAGAGUAAAGAAUAUGCUUUUCCAUUUGCUUUGGGAAGCUCAGGACAGAUGUUUUAUCCAGCCACAUUACCAAGAUGUUUGUAAUGGGUUUUUCCAACCAGGUGUGGACUUCUAUGAGUUAUUACAGGGGGCUGAUCUAUGGCUCAUGAGAGUUGACUUUGUGUUUGAGUUUCCUCGUCCCACCAUGCCUAAUGUGAUCUAUAGAGGGUUUAAAUUUAUGGGAGUGUGCCAAUUGUCCCUAUCAUGUGGGGUAGAAAAAGCAUGAGGUAGUUCUAUAUAGGCAAUUCUGUGAGGGUUUCUUUGACAUGUUUGGACCAGAAAAUCUUGUUGUUUGACAUUGUGAAAUGUGUCUGCUAUGUUAAACAAUAGUUUAAUGAUUAAUAUUAUACAUCCAUAUUAUAAUCAUGUUCACUCACUGAGUUUUGAGUAACCAUCACUGUGACUUUAACAAAUGGAAAGGUUCUCAUAAAAGCAGUACUUUGACCUUUACUUAACCCUUAUAAACCAACAUGCCACACAAAAGCCAAAGUAAGCUACACAUUUUACAUGUGGCCUCCACAUACAUAAUUUGAAGAUCAACUGGUAAGUAACAUUGCACUGCAUCUUACCUCCAGACUGAAUAAGCUAAUAAUAAUUACGUUAAGUUAAUGUUCAUGGGCAAGGAUGAAAUGUAUUGUGAGAUAUUAUUUACAUACUGUAUCAAAUGUGAAUCUAAAUGAAGAAUAAAGUUUCAUCUUCAUUUUCUCAAACUCUCCAAACCCUAAAGAUAAUUAAUUAUGCACCAUUGAGAACAGCUUUCAUGGUCUUUCAUGAUUUGUAUCAAAUUAAAUUGCAUUUAUUGGUCGCAUACGCAUAUUUAGCAGAUGUUAUCGUGGGUGUAGCGAAAUGCUUGUACAUAAAUGAGAAUAUAUAGUCAGCUAACUGACUAUAUGUCAAAAUCUGUUCAAUGUGUCAUACAAACUGAAUAUGAUUUCCUAUCUCUGUUUGUUUUAUAUUUCAGAUAAAUGUUGACAUACAUUGGAAGCAUGACUUUGUGCCUAUUGAUAUUUCUGUUGAUUAUGUGUGGUUCAGUUUGCCAUGGUGGGAAGUUGCUGGUCUUUCCCGGGGAGGGAAGUCACUGGGUUAACAUGGACAUUCUGAUCAAGGCUCUCCACUCUCAGGGACACACCGUCACAGUGGUACGAACAACAAAAAGUUGGUAUAUCAAAGAAGAGUCGCCCUACUACAGUUCUAUUACAAUACCUGUCACUGAUGCUAUGGAUGAGGAAUUUGUAAAGCCAAUCAUUAAGAAAGUCAUUGAUAUAGAGAGAGGAACGAGCUCUGUAUUAAACUUUAUACAUUUGCAAAUUGAGAUGUUCUCUUCAAUGUCUAAGGUUCAUAAACAUGCAUGUGACUUGGCAACUGCUGUAUUGAAAGACAAGGAUUUAAUAAAGACCCUAAAGGAGAGCCAGUAUGACCUGGUGCUUACUGACCCAGCAUGGGGAGCCGGUAUUUUGGUGGCUCACUAUCUUCAGCUACCUCUAGUCUACAAUGUACGGUGGGUAAUCAGUGGAGAGGGACAUUUAACUAUUGCACCAUCACCAAUGUCGUACAUUCCAAUGACUUUAUCAGGACAUUCAGACAAAAUGACUUUCACAGAGAGAGUAAAGAAUAUGCUUUUCUAUUUGCUAUUUACUGUUCAGGAUAGAUUGACUCUCCGGCCACAUUACCAGGCUGUUUGUGAUGAGUUUUUCCAACCAGGUGUGGACUUCUAUGAGUUAUUACAGGGGGCUGAUCUUUGGCUCAUGAGAGUUGACUUUGUGUUUGAAUUCCCUCGUCCCACCAUGCCUAAUGUUAUCUAUAUGGGAGGGUUCCAAUGUAAACCUGCCAAGCCUCUUCCCCAAGAACUGGAGGAGUUUGUUCAGAGUUCUGGGGAGCAUGGAGUCAUUAUCAUGUCUUUGGGGACUUUUGUCACUGAGUUUCCACAUGAUAUAGCUGAUGUGAUUGCUGCUGCUUUUGCCCAACUGCCUCAGAAGGUCAUCUGGAGACACAAAGGAGACAGGCCAGCUACUCUGGGCAACAACACAUUACUAGUUGACUGGAUGCCUCAGAAUGAUCUGUUAGGACACCCGAAGACAAGGCUGUUUGUAGCUCACGGAGGAACAAAUGGGGUUCAAGAGGCUAUUUACCAUGGAAUUCCUGUUGUGGGUCUACCUCUGUUUUUUGAUCAAUAUGACAACCUCCUUCGUCUGAAAGAGAGAGGAGGAGCAAAGCUUUUAUCUAUGGCAACAGUAGACAAGAACAAUAACUUCCUAGAGGCCUUACAGGAAGUUCUGGAUGAGCCGUCCUACAGGAUGAACAUGCAGAGACUCUCCAGGCUACACAGGGACGUGCCAAUGGAGCCCCUGGACACUGCUCUCUUCUGGAUUGAGUUUGUCAUGAGACACAAGGUGCUGCUCACCUGCGUACAGAGUCCUACAGAAUGCCCUGGUACUCCUACCACUCUGUGGAUGUUGUCCUGAUAUUGUUGGCUGUUGUGUCAGUGCUUCUUCUUCUUCUUGUUGCAAUAGUCAGAUAUUUCUGCAUUAGAACAUGCUUGAAAAGAAAGAUUAAAAGUGAAUGAUCCAAAUA